AUGAGCGGGGCAGAAGAGAUGCCUGCGUGUGCUAUGCAAUGUAUGGAAACUGGAGUUAAAGGAUCAUCCUGUUCAAUGACCAACACGACCUGUAUCUGCGCGGAUGUCCCAUUACAAGCCAAUCUGGCUCUCUGUGUCGAGACCAGCUGCACCGUCAAAGAAGGCCUGACCACGAGGAACCUCACGAGUACCAUGUGUCACGAGCCAUUUCGCGACAAGUCCAACAUCAUCGUUGUUAUUAACUCUGUGUUCAUGGCGCUUGCUAUCAUUGUAACUUUUAUUCGCAGCUUACAAUUUCAUAAACAGUUUGGACUGGAAGACAUAUUUGCUACUGUGGGACUACUUUCGGCGGUUGUCAUGGGUGCAUUAGAAUUUCUCAUGAUCGAUGCAGGCUACGGAAGAGACAUCUGGACAAUAUCCUUCGCGAACAUUGAGCUAAUCCUCAAGUACAAUUGGGUCGUUGAAAUGCUCUAUAUCGUCGCCGUUGUCGCUGUGAAGAUGGCUUUCCUCUGUCUCUAUCUCAAGAUCUUCCCCAAUAUCGGGCUACGGAGAGUUAUAUAUGCCCUGAUGGGAUUUUCGACUCUCUAUUUCCUAGUCUUCACCCUCGGGAUCUGCUUCAAUUGCCUUCCUGUGACGUAUAUUUGGACUGCCUGGACUGGUGAAACCCACGGCAGCUGUCUAGACUUCAAUGCGUUUGGAAUUGCAUGUGCCGUGAUCAACAUCGUCCUCGAUGUGGUCGUGAUGGCCUUGCCACUUCAUGAGAUCAUCAAGUUAAAUCUCAGGCCCUGGAAGAAAGUCCUGGUCAUCGUCAUGUUCUGUACUGGAUUCUUUAUCACGAUCAUCAGCAUCAUCCACCUCACGUUCGUCGUAACCUUUGCCGACACAACCAACGCAACCUAUGACUACGUGCCAGUGGCAUACUGGUCCCUCAUCGAGUCCUACACAGCGUUCUUCUGUGUGAGCAUGCCAGCCAUCCGCCGCUUCUUCAAUCGCAUUCUCUUCACCUGCUGCGGCAUUGCCGACUCGUGUCAGCAAGAAUCGGAUCCGAAGAGUGACGCCUCGGCGUUUCACCGCCGCACUCGCUCUAAGAACCUGUCUAUCCGGAGGACUACCAAAACUUCUGUUAGUCGGGAGCCUCUGUCUCGGCGAGACUCGGAUGCGGUGAAUUUGGUGGAUGUAGGUUAUUACAGCUCAUUCCAACGGCGUGGUUAA